AUGCCUUCCUAUCUUCGGCAUUUGGUCUGGGCUACCCUGGCUGCCGGCCUGGUGUCUGCGGCUCCCACCCCCUCGCGUGUUUCGGAUCUGACCAAGAAGUCGUCCUCCACCUGCACCUUUACCUCGGCUGCUAGUGCCAGUGCCAGCAAGUCCUCCUGCUCCACCAUUGUUCUCAGUGACAUUGAGGUGCCUGCAGGUAAAACACUCGAUCUGACGGACCUGAAGGACGGAACCAAGGUCAUCUUCGAAGGCACCACUACGUUCGGUUACAAAGAGUGGAGCGGUCCUCUCAUCAAGAUCUCUGGAUCCGAUAUCACCGUCGAGGCUGCCGAUGGCGCUGUAAUCAACGCUGACGGCUCUCGGUGGUGGGAUGGAGAAGGCACCAAUGGUGGCAAGACCAAGCCCAAGUUCUUCUAUGCCCACUCGUUGGACGACUCGACCAUCUCGGGCCUCUCGAUCAAGAACACCCCCGUGCAGGCUUUCAGCAUCCAGUCCGAUAAUCUCAUUAUUGAUGGGGUUACUAUUGACAAUUCGGACGGUGACGAUAAUGGCGGCCACAACACCGACGGUUUCGAUAUUAGCGAGUCCACGGGCGUUACCAUCAAGAACGCGGUUGUCAAGAACCAGGAUGACUGCAUUGCGAUCAACUCCGGCGAGAACAUCUACUUCACGGGAGGUACCUGCUCUGGUGGCCAUGGUCUCUCGAUUGGCUCCGUCGGUGGACGUGAUGAUAACACCGUGAAGAACGUAACUAUCACCGAUUCCACCGUGACCGAUUCAGCCAACGGAGUUCGCAUCAAGACCGUUUACGAUGCCACUGGCUCCGUUAGCGACGUGACUUUCUCCGACAUCACGAUCUCUGGUAUCACCGACUACGGUAUUGUGAUUGAGCAGGACUAUGAGAACGGCUCUCCGACUGGCACUCCCACCAGCGGUGUUCCCAUCACAGAUUUGACCGUCAAGGGAAUCACUGGCUCAGUGGAAUCCGACGCAGUUGAGGUGUAUAUCCUCUGUGGUGAAGAUGCCUGCAGCGACUGGACCUGGAGCGGCGUGGACAUCACCAGUGGAAAGACCAGCAGCAAGUGCGAGAAUGUCCCCUCUGGCGCGUCGUGCUAA